UUAAAGACAGCGAGAACAGGAGUGCGACUUCGCAGUGGCGAGCGGAGAAGGGUUCACUGUGAGUGCGUCUGAGUCGCUGCUACUUUUCUCUUUUAGGGCGUAUCAACGGAAAGGCGUCAAUUUCUCUAAAUUCACAGCUACAAAUCAACAGAUUAAUUAAUGUGCUGCUGACUACGUACCUAAAAAUGAAGCUCAGGCUGUCUUUGGCCACUGCUGCCUUGCUUACGAUAUUACUGAACACAGUGGAAGCUCAAGUGGAGCCUCCUUCAGACUUGCAAUUUAAAAUCCUAAAUGAAAACACAGUCCAAAUGUCAUGGAGGAGGCCAUCAUCUCACAUCCAAGGCUACAGAAUACAAGUAGUAUCAGAGAUCGAUGAUUCAAAAGAUUUUGUUCUGUCUGCCUCGGCCACAAACACAGACAUUACAGAUCUCACUCCAGAAAUAGAUUACUCUGUGUCCAUCAGCUCCUAUGUUGGGGCUGACGAAAGCAUACCUAUAUUUGGCCAGAUAACCAUUCAAUCCAGUAAUACAAGUGGAACACAAAGAAAACCUACAGAAGUCAUCAGGUGCUCAGUGAGCGCUGUGGUGGAUCUGGUCUUCCUGGUGGAUGGCUCCUGGAGUGUGGGAAGGGAGAACUUCAAACUGAUUCGCAGCUUCAUUGGAGCUAUGGCAGGAGCUUUUGAUAUCGGCGAGGACAAGACCAGGGUGGCUGUGGUGCAGUACAGCACAGACACCAGGACGGAGUUCAACCUGAACCAGUACUUUAGAAGGGCUGAUCUCCUCCGAGCCAUCAAACAUCUGCCCUACAAAGGAGGCAACACCAUGACAGGUGAAGCCAUAGACUAUAUAGUGAAAAACAUCUUCACUGAGGCUGCUGGUGGCAGGAAAAGUUUCCCCAAAGUUGCCAUGAUCAUCACAGACGGGAAAUCUCAGGACCCCGUGCACGAGCAUGCCAGAAGACUGAGGAACAUGGGCGCUGAGAUUUUUGUCUUGGGUAUCAAAGGUGCCGAUGAGGACGAGUUAAAGGAAAUGGCCUCCACUCCUCACAGCAAGCAUAUAUACAAUGUGCUGGAUUUUGACCUAAUAAAGGAAGUGCAGCAACAACUGAUUACAGAGGUGUGCACUGGUGUGGAGGACCAGCUCAACUCCCUCGCCAGUGGAGAGGAAGUGGUUGAACCGGCCUCAAACCUCCAAGUAACAGAGAUCUCCUCCAAGUCCAUGAGGGUGAUGUGGGACGCGUCUCCGGACGACGUCACAGGUUACAAGUUGCAGUUAAUGCCCAUGCUGGCUGGUAGCAAGAGACAGGAGCUAUACACGGGACCCACCCAGACCUCAGUGAAUGUCCGGGACCUGUCACCUGAGACGGAAUACGAGAUCAGCUUGUUUGCGCUUAAAGGUCUUACGCCCAGUGAGCCAGUACUGGCCAUGGAAAAGACACAGCCUGUCAAAGUGUCAUUAGAGUGUUCCUUGGGGGUAGACGUUCAAGCCGAUGUUGUCCUGCUGGUUGACGGCUCGUACAGCAUAGGACUGGCCAAUUUUGCCAAAGUGAGAGCCUUCCUCGAAGUGCUGGUCAACUCCUUCGACAUUGGCCCCAGCAAGGUGCAGAUCAGCUUGGUGCAGUACAGUCGGGACCCUCACACCGAGUUCGCCCUCAACAAGCACCACGACAGCAGCGCAGUGGUCAAGGCCGUGCGCACGUUCCCCUACCGUGGUGGCUCCACCAACACUGGGAAAGCCAUGACCUACGUACGGGAUAAGAUCUUCGUGACGAGCCGUGGCGCUCGCAACAACGUGCCACGCGUCAUGGUGCUCAUCACUGACGGCAAGUCCUCCGACUCCUUCAAAGUGCCUGCCGAGAACCUGAGGAGAUCAGACGUGGAGAUCUUUGCCGUGGGUGUCAAGGAUGCUGUGCGGUCAGAGCUGGAGGCCAUCGCCAACCAUCCUGCUGACAACCAUGUGUUCGAGGUGGAGGACUUCGAUGCCUUCGAGAGGAUCUCCAAGGAACUGACGCAGUCCAUCUGCCUCAGGAUUGAGCAGGAACUGCUAAACAUCAAGAAAAGAAGUUUGCUCCCACCGAAGUCCUUAACAUUCUCUGAGGUAACGUCCACGAGCUUCAGGGCCACUUGGGUGUCUGAGGACACAGAUGUCUUGUCUUACCUGGUGCGUUUCCGGCCAGCUGCUGAUAUAACUGGGGACUACACUACUCUGGCUGUUCCUGCUGACACUACUACUGCCAUCUUGCCUCAUCUCAGCCCACUCACUACCUAUGAGGUCAAUGUCUUUGCCCAGUAUGAUAAAGGAGAUAGCUUUCCAUUAACUGGGGAAGAGACCACUUUAGAAGAACAGGGAUUGGUCCGUAACCUCAGAGUGACAGAGGAGACGACUGACAGUUUCAGAGUGUCAUGGCAGGCAGCACCAGGGUCUGUUCUGCGCUACAGGAUCUUCUAUGAGCCUGUGAGUGGUGGAGACAGGCUGGAGGCACAGACCCGAGGCCCUGAAACUUCCAUCGUGCUUCACGAGCUGUUUCCCAUCACCACCUACCGCGUGACUGUUUCAGCAGAGUAUGUGUCUGGCAUAGGAGCCCCGAUGGACACUCAUGGCACCACCAAAGAAGCGAAGGGUUCCCCACGCAAUCUGCAAGUGUCCGAUGAGACCGAGUACACCAUGAGGCUGUCAUGGCAGGCGGCCCCUGGGAAUGUGCUUCAGUACCUCAUAGCCUACAAGCCUGAGGACGGCGAGAGGAAAGAGAUCACUGUUAACGGAGGCACCACAGUUGCUACACUUAAGAACCUGCUGCCAGACACGGAGUAUGAGCUUUUUGUUAGCGCACACUACGCAUCUGGUGUGGGAGAUCCGCUCCUAGGAAAAGGCACCACAUUGGAAGUACUCGGCUCUCCUAAAGACCUGCGCACUAAGGACGUCACCGAGACCAGCUUCGCUGCGUCCUGGACGGCGGCACCUGGAAAUGUCCACCGUUACCGUGUGGCCUGGAAAUCCCUGCUCACCAGUGAGGCCGGGGAGAAGACCGUCCCAGGCGAUAUCACCAGCACUGUGCUGGAGGGCCUCAGCCCAGAGACGCGGUUCAAGGUCUCCGUGUACGCCGCUUACAGACGUGGGGAAGGGGAGCCACUGGAGGGGGAGGAGACCACAGAUGUCUCAGCUGCUGCCAGGGCCAUUACUGUAACCGAAGAGACAGUGAGGAGCAUGCGGGCCACAUGGAAGCCAGCGCCUGGCAACGUGCUUAAUUACAGGGUGGCUUACAAACAUCGUGACGGAGGGCGUCCAGUAAUCUCCAAGACACAUGGUGGUACCACCACCAUUGUUCUGCGCCGACUCCAGCCCAAGACCACCUAUGACAUCACAGUGACUCCGGUCUACAAACAUGGAGAUGGAAAAGCAAGGCAAGGAGAAGGAACCACACUGUCACCAUACAAAUCCCCAAGAAACUUGCAAACGUCUGAGCCCACGAAGACCAGCUUCAGGGUGUCAUGGGAUCAUGCGCCAGGGGAUGUAAAGGGUUAUAAAGUCACCUUUCAUCCUAUCGGUGAUGAGGUGGACUUGGGAGAGCUUAUAGUCGGUCCCUAUGACAACACGGUGGUUCUGGAGGAACUCAGGUCUGGCACCAAGUACACCGUGAGUGUGUUUGGUGUGUUUGAUGGCGGUGAGAGUAUGCCCCUUGCUGGAGAAGAGAAGACCACUCUCUCUGAUGAGCCUGCCUUUCCACCUAUUGAGGCUCCAGAUGUAAUGUGCAGAACCACUGCCCAAGCUGAUAUCGUCCUGCUGGUCGACGGCUCCUGGAGCAUUGGCCGUCUGAACUUCAAGACCAUUAGGGCGUUCAUUGCUCGCAUGGUGGGCGUUUUUGACAUCGGCCCGAACCGCGUCCAGAUUGGUCUGGCCCAGUAUAGUGGAGACCCAAAGACCGAGUGGCAUUUAAAUGCUCACAGAACCAGAGAAUCACUGCUGGAGGCUGUAGCUAAUCUGCCAUAUAAAGGAGGAAACACACUGACAGGCCUUGCUUUGAAUUACAUCCUACAGAACAAUUUCAAAGCUAAUGUGGGAAUGCGUCCAAAUUCCCGUAAAAUCGGCGUCCUCAUCACUGAUGGCAAAUCACAGGAUGAAAUCAUAUCCAACUCCCAGAAUCUGCGUGACCAGGGCAUCGAACUCUAUGCUAUAGGUGUGAAGAAUGCCGAUGAGAAUGAACUGCGUGCCAUUGCCUCUGACCCCGACGAGAUCCAUAUGUACAACGUGGCAGACUUCUCCUUCCUGCUUGACAUCGUCGACGAGCUAACAGACAACCUCUGUAAGAGCGUCAAAGGCACAGGAGGAGGACCAGAAUCACCUACUGACCUAGUGACCUCUGAGGUGACCCACUACUCUUUCCGUGCUACCUGGACUGGCCCUGACAGCUAUGUCGAGAAGUACCGUGUUGAGUACAUGCCGGUUGCUGGAGGCCAACCUCAGAAGCUGUUUGUGGAUGGGACAGCGACCACAGUGGUGCUGGAUGGUCUGGACCCACUGACAGAGUACGGGGUAAACGUCUAUUCCUUAGUCGGAGAGGACAGCAGCGAGCCCCUCAGAGGCACUGAGACAACACUGCCUCUAAAUGCUGUGAGGAGAAUGGCCAUCUACAAAGUGAGCUCCACCACCAUGAAGGUGAGAUGGGAGCAAGCCGAGGGUGCCACAGGCUACCUGCUGCUUUACAAUGCUAUAAACGCCACAGAGCCCUCCAUCAAGCAAGAGAUGCGUGUGAAAGCCAAGGUCACGGAUGUCCAUCUGAAAAAUCUCUUUCCCAACACCGCCUACAGCAUCAGCGUCUACGCCCUGCACGGCCAAUCAGCCAGCGACCCUCUGGUUGAUCAGGGGGUGACCCUGCCCCUGCCCCCUUCCGGUGAGCUGAGGAUAAGGGACGUCACCCACAGUGCCAUGCUCCUGAACUGGGACGCCGCGCCGGGUGCUGUGCGCAAGUACAUCAUUACUUACAAGCCCGAGGAUGGAGAAGUUAGAGAGCUUGAAGUGGAUGGAGAUGAGACAACAACAGGCCUGGAUAACCUCAAGUCACAAACUGAGUACGACGUAGCUAUCAUUCCUGUCUAUGAUGCUGGAACUGGCAACCCGAUGCUCAACCAAGCCAUCACAGACGUCGUCCCAGCACCACAGAACCUGAGGUUCUCUGAAGUAGCUCAGACCAGCUUCCGGGCCCACUGGGAGCAUGGAGCCCCUGACGUAGCGCUCUAUCGCAUUGGCUGGACGAAGUCUGGGGAGUCCAACUAUGUAUACGACAUCCUGAGCAACGAUGAGACCACUCAUCUCUUGGAGGACCUCGAACCAGAUACCCUAUAUGACGUGUCUGUCACUGCUAUUUAUCCAGAUGAGUCAGAGAGCGAGGACCUCAUGGGAAGCCAGCGCACAUUAUCCAAGAUAAUCAUACCUCCUCCCAGGGGUCCCCCUCAGAACCUGCAGGUGUAUAACGCCACCACCACCUCCCUGACGGUGAAAUGGGACCAUGCCGCCGGCCGCGUGCAGAACUAUAGGAUCACAUACGUGCCUGUAGCAGGUGGCAGGACUCAGUCGACUCAGAUUGGUGGGAAGAGGAACACAAUUACCCUGCAGAAGCUGACUCCUGACACACCCUACACCAUUACUGUGGCAGCCAUAUAUGCAGAUAGAGAUUCCAAGGACAUAUCUGGGCAAGGAAAGACAUUGCCCCUUGGCGGUGUGCGAAGCCUCCAAGUGACUGACCCCACCACCAGCACUCUGAAUGUACAGUGGGAGCCAGCCGAGGGCAGUGUGCGCCAGUAUCGAAUCUACUAUCUCCCCGCACCAGGAGGGCCAGAGGACAUGGUUCAGGUCUCUGGGAACACCUUCAACACCGUGUUGAAGAAUCUCCAGCCGGACACCGUGUAUGCUGUCUCUGUGGUGCCUGUGUAUGCAGCCGGCGAAGGCAAACGCAUGACUGAGAACGGAAAGACACUGGUGCGGUCCCCUGCCAGGAACGUCAGGGUGUACAACCCCACCCCAAACGCGCUGAGCGUACGCUGGGAGCCUGCGGCAGGAGACGUGCAGCAGUACAGGGUCGCCUACGUGCCAUUCACCGGAACCCGCCCACCCCAGUCGAUCCUUGUUCCAGGGAAUACCCACCAUGCCCUACUGGAACAGCUGAGCUCAGACACAGAGUACACAGUCGAGGUGUUCCCUAUCUAUGCCGAUGGAGAGGGCUCUUCUGCAAGUGAUAAUGGCAAAACACUACCGCGCAGUGGUCCCAGGAAUAUGCGUGUGUAUGACCCCAGCACGAGCACUCUGACUGUCAGCUGGGAGCCGGCCGCAGGGCCUGUGCUGCAGUAUCGCAUCGGAUAUGCGCCCACCACAGGGGAUCCCAUCGAAGAGUUCACAAGUGUGCCCGGCAACAGAAACAACAUCGUCUUGCAGAACCUAGAGCCAGACACGCCUUACAAGAUCAACGUGGUGGCUGUUUAUGUAGAUGGACCCGGAGGAGAGCUUUCUGGAGAUGGACACACAUUGGGGCUCAUGGGGCCACGCAACCUGCGCGUGUCAGACGAGUGGUACACCCGUUUUCGUGUGUCCUGGGACCCUGCACCUGCGAGGGUCAACGGCUACAAGCUAGCCUAUGCGCCAGAGGGUACUGAUAGGUUCACCGAGAUGUUUGUAGGAGAUGUGACCACUUAUAAUCUGCACAACCUCCAGCCUGGGACCACAUAUGAUGUGAAGGUCUUCGCCCAGUAUGACGCAGGCACGAGUGGGCCUCUCGUUGACCAAGGAACUACCAUGUACUUGAAUGUGACAGACCUCACAACAUACAAUGUUGGCUAUGACUCUUUCUGCCUUAAGUGGACUCCUCACCGAGCUGCUACCUCUUACAGACUUAAAGUCAACCCUUUUAACCCUUCUAACCGUGGCACACAGGAGGUCACAAUCACUGCUGCAGAGAGCCAGUACUGUUUUGAUGGGCUUGACUCUGAUGCGCUGUACAAUGCCACAGUGUUCACUCAGACUCCCAAUAUGGAGGGAGCCGGAGUCAGUGUUAAGGAGCGCACGUUGGUGAAGCCCACUGUGCCCCCUACAGCACCGCCAACCCCUCCACCCCCUCCUACGAUCCCUGCUGCUCUUGAGGUUUGCAAGGGCGCCAAAGCUGACCUGGUGUUCCUCAUCGACGGCUCGUGGAGUAUUGGAGAUGAGAGCUUCAGCAAAGUUCUCCAGUUCGUGUUCAGCAUGAUUGGAGCUUUUGAUGUCAUCAAUCACGAGGGCAUGCAGGUGUCCUUCGUGCAGUACAGCGAUGAUGCCAAGACAGAGUUCAAACUGAACACAUACCAUGACAAGGGAAUGGCAUUAUCCGCCGUGCAGAUGGUCAGCUACAGAGGAGGAAACACUAAAACAGGUGCUGCUCUGAAGCAUGUUGGAGAGAAGGUAUUCACAUCAGACAGUGGGAUGAGGAGAAAUGUUCCAAAGGUUCUGGUUGUUGUGACUGACGGGCGCUCUCAAGACGACGUUAAGAAAAGCGCAUCGAAGCUGCAGCAUUCAGGAUUCAGUGUGUUUGUGGUGGGUGUCGCAGAUGUGGACAUCACAGAGCUGAGGAACAUCGGAAGCAAGCCGAGUGAGAGGCAUGUCUUUGUCGUUGACGACUAUGAUGCGUUCGUCAAGAUUCAAGACAACCUCAUUACGUUCAUCUGUGAAACAGCAACAUCAACCUGUCCAUUGAUUUACCUGGAUGGAUUCACGUCACCAGGCUUCAGGAUGCUUGAGGCCUUUAACAUCACUGACCGGACAUAUUCUGGAAUGAAUGGAGUGUCAAUGGAAACAGGCUCCUUUAACAGUUUCAUCGCCUACCGACUUCAUAAGGAUGCGUUCAUUUCUCAGCCCACUAAGGAAAUCCAUCCAGAUGGGCUACCUCCAUCCUACACGCUCAUACUGCUCUUCCGGCUCCUCUCUGACACCACCAAGGAUACAUUCGACCUAUGGCAGAUCGCUGAUGGCAAUAAUAAUCCAGAAGUUGGCCUUACUCUUGACCCUUCUAACAAAGUAAUCACAUUCUACAACAAGGACACCAGAGGAGAGCUUCAGAAAGUCAGCUUUGAUAAUGACCAAGUCAAGAGAAUCUUUCACGGAAGCUUCCACAAGCUUCAUAUCACCAUUUCUCCGGAAAAAGUCAAGCUGAACAUUGACUGCCAAGAGGUGGGAGAGAAGCCAAUCAAAGAGGCCGGCAACAUCUCCACGGGCGGCUAUGAGGUGCUCGGUAAAAUGGCGAAAUCCGGUGGAGCCAAGAGGCAGUCUGCGACCUUCCAGCUCCAGAUGUUUGAUAUUGUCUGCAGCCUUGGAUGGACAAGUCGAGACAAAUGCUGUGACCUUCCAGCGACGAGAGAUGAAGCCAAGUGCCCAGCUCUUCCUCACUCCUGCACAUGCACUCAGGAUAGCGUAGGCCCUCCAGGGCCUGCUGGCCCUUCGGGCAGCCCUGGUAUGAAAGGCCCACGUGGUGAUAGAGGUGAUUCUGGAUCUGCGGGUCCAAUGGGCCCGCGUGGAGAGCAAGGUCCCUCAGGUCCGAUGGGACCACCUGGUCCGCAAGGCCCGAAUGGACUGUCUCUUCCUGGAGAACCAGGACGGCCUGGGCCAAAGGGAGACCCUGGUGACUCAGGAAUACCUGGCCAAAGAGGCCCUCCUGGUGCUCCAGGGCCCCUCGGCCCCGUUGGGACAUCUGGAGCAAGGGGACCACCAGGACCAGAAGGCCCAUCUGGACCAAGAGGCCCAGCAGGACCAAUGGGAAGCCCAGGAACUCCCGGGAUGCCAGGCAUCACUGGAAAACCUGGCAAGACUGGCGACCCAGGAUUCCUGGGACCUGCUGGUGUGAAGGGAGAAAAGGGGGAGAGGGGUGAUUCUGCCUCGCAAAAUAUGAUGCGAUCCAUCGCAAGACAAGUCUGUGAACAGCUAGUUAACAGACAAAUGAGCAGGAUUGACAUGAUGCUGAAUCAGAUUCCCAGUGGAUACCGCUCCAACAGUCCGGGUCCUGCUGGGCCUCCAGGGCCUCCUGGUGAGCAGGGCGCUCGUGGAGAACCUGGCCAGGCUGGACGCAGUGGUUUCCCUGGCAACCCUGGCUUACCAGGGCCUCCAGGCGAAAGAGGGUUGCCAGGAGAGAAGGGGGAGAGGGGGAGUCCAGGCAUGGGCACGCGAGGACAGAGAGGACCACCCGGACCACCUGGACCACCAGGUGUGUCCCAGGCCGGACCCCCAGGUCCCUCAGGCUCAUCCGGGUCCAGCGGACCACCAGGACGCCAUGGUUCUCCAGGAAUCAGAGGACCACCUGGGCCCCCUGGUUACUGCGAUUCCUCUCAGUGUGUAGGAAUCCCUUACAAUGGACAGGGAUAUGCAGGCCACUACCCACCUCAGCCUGAUACCUACGUAGUGCCAAUUCCAGAGGAAACAUCAGAAGAUACUGUGACAGAGAUACAGUCUCCUGGUUUACGAAACCUGCGUGGAAAGAGAUCACUAUCAAGACAGGAAACAGAGAGGAUAGAAACAUAAACCAAGUAAAAAGUACCUUCAGAUUUUAUUUGCAUGAAGAACAACAUCCAAAGCUAAAUGUCGUUAUUGGAUCAUGCUUCAUGCAUAUGCAAAUUUAACAAGGUUAAGUGGAAAUAAGGCUGCUAUCCAACCCUAAUUUCCUGUUCAUGUUAAGAAACCUGUGUGCUUGCUCACUGUCCCCAAACUUGUAAUAUAAAUCCUCUGUAAGUUUUUAUGCAACUCCUAUUCAGUGCACUAACCCUAAGAUCAGUAUUCAAUGUAAUGUCUUAACGUUAAGAUGUAUAGACUGACCCGAUGGAUUCCACACAGAUCAUUGCAAUUUUUAUAUUGAUUCAUUGCAAUACAAUUUCAUCUUAUGCCUUCGUUCUCAUCAGUGAAGGCUUUCAGAUGUAAUUCCAUUUUCAUUUCUAAAACCUUGUAAGACUUGGCUUUUGUUUCAUUAUCCUAAAUAUUUAUCUGUUGUAUACCAGCUCACAGCUCAUUUUUACCAAAGGUGGAAUUGCAUGACUGUGUUGUAUAUUUAGUAAGUACAUUUUAAAUAUAGUUUUUUUUUUUAAUCGAUCUUCAAUGCAGUUGGAAUUUGAAUCAAUACUGUGGUCAUAGUAUUGCUCCUUUAUGUUUGAACUGCAAAUUGUGAAUUCCACAGCCUUAUUUUCUUAUUUAUUUCUGGAUCAGAAGAGGCAUUUUUCAAUAAAACUACUGAAAAUGUUUAA